AAAAAAAAAAGCCAAUGAGCUCCCGGAGUCGGCCAACAUGCUGAAGAAGUCGCGGAAAGUGGUCCUCUUUGUUGGGCUCGUGAGAUACGCAUUUGGGCGGUUUGCGGACAUCCUGUGGCGAUACUACUUCACCAAGAAAAUUCCCAUCCCCCCAGCAGCGAAAGACGCCGAGCCGGUCAAUAUUGUCAUCGUUGGGGCUUCAUUCGCCGGUUACCAUGCCGUCCGAGUGAUAGCCGCUUCACUGCCAGUAGAGGGGCCAUACCGUCUCAUUAUCAUCGAACCGAACCGGCACUGGCAAUUCACAUGGACGCUGCCUCGCUUUUGUGUCGUGGAGGGACAUGAGCACAAAACGUUUAUCCCCUAUGGGACUUACCUGCCGGCAGGCUCCGAGUCCAUCGUACGAUGGAUUCAUGACCGUGUCUCGACUAUCACGGAGAGAACGGUAACCAUCCAAAGCACCGGCGAAGAGAUUCCGUACUCUUACAUGAUCAUUGCAACGGGAUCCGGCGCUGGCAUGACAUUGCCAUCACGAGUAGGCUCAACGGACAAGACGGAAGGAAUCCAAUUACUGCAGAGCUUCCAGCAGCGCAUAAAGGCCGCGAGAGAUCUGGUUGUUGUCGGCGGGGGCGCCGCGGGUGUUGAGCUUGCCACAGAUGCCAAAGAUCGGUAUCCCGAGAAAAACGUGACGUUGGUUCAUUCCAGAGACGCAGUCAUGAAUCGGUUCGGCCAAGAUCUGCAAAUCAGAGCCCUCGAGGGCUUGAAGCAACUUGGCAUCGAGGUCUUUCUGGGAGAACGGACAACUACUGAGUCGCCUGUGGACGGUCUUGUUACCCUUAGUUCUGGCCGCAAGAUUGAGUGCGACUUUUUGGUCAACGCCAUUGGCCAGCAACCUUCCUCUCAGCUGAUCAGCGAGUUCGUCCCUGAGGCGAUCGCCAACUCGGGCCGUAUCAAGGUCAAACCUACAAUGCAGAUUGGCGUCGACUCGCUUCCUAAUAUUUACGUCUGUGGUGAUGUUGCUGAGACGGGUGUCACCAACCCCAAUGCCCGAGUUGCCAUGAAGCAGGCCACUUACGCUGCAGACAAUCUGCUUCUGGCUCUUCAGGGUAAGCAGCCUACGAAACUCUAUCACCAACACUGGGCGUAUGGUUUUAUCAAGUUGACACUUGGCUUGCACAAAUCCAUCUCGGCCUUUGGAACUGGAGACACCGAGUUACUGUUCCGGUCGAAGAACAAGGCUGUUACCUUGAUGAUUGAGCGGGUUUGGACACAUAUGGGAGCCAAGCCCUAUGAAGAUACAGAGUAGGAACACGGCUAUGCCCAGAACUCGGUCUCUGAUUUAAUUCUCCAGGAAGUCCACGAGACUCGGUAAUUAAAUAGCAGAACACAAACGACUUUUGGUUUCACACAGAAACCGUGUACCUGCAAAUAUAUUGAACACAUUAUACCACUCAAAGCACUCUUGGUAUUUUCCAAAUUAAGAACCUUGUCUUCUUUAUCUUUAAAUGUAUGGCGUCUAUUGUCGGUGGACCUCUGUCGAUUUGAUGACGCAAUGUCUCCCACGUUUUGGAAACAGAACUCAAACCCCCUGCGAAUAUCGUGAGAUUAUGGUACCAAUAUUAUAUGCCCCAUCAGACAUGCAGACGGGCGGGUUCGUCCAAGAAACCAAAGUCGGUGCUAUAGGGGG